AGUCUUCAUUCAGUUCGUUGUGAGGAGACAUGUUCAAAACUCCACUGAUAAAAACGCAUUUAGGCCUAGUGUUAUAGUUAGAGUACCGCCUGUGCAAGGCUUUGUGUUACUCCGGUCAGUUUUGAAUAUUCGAAUUGGAUUAUUCUAUCUUUGCUGAAGUAGAUAUUCCACAAGAUGAGUGCAGGAUGGUGUGGCAGGAAUGACAAACCAAGAGCAUUUGUCAAAUAUGAACCGAAAAUUUGCUAUGAGCAGCCAGCUGCUGCCCGAGUCGAUAAGAGCCUAUACGACGAUAAAAGAUUCAGAGCUCUUACCGGUGAGAAUAUACUAAGUUUGAUUGUUGAGAGACGAACUGCCAGAACCUGGGAGAUGAACGAAGGGGAUCUGUGCCGUAUCAAAAUCAUUGAAGGUCCACAGGUGGUUGACUUGAACUUUUGGUGCAAACAUCAGCCGAAGAAAGAAAGAUUCUAUUCAGGUAAGACGAGGCAGCUACAUUCAUCCCAUUUGAAGGUGUAUGAUAGGCUGUGGAGUAAUCUGCCGUACUUGAGACCAAUGGCCACGAUGGUUGCUGAUUCAAUAAAUUACGGAAUUGACAGUGAUGGAGCGAGUCUCCACGACGUUAUUGGUACCAGAUGCGAUGAUUUCACAUACAAAUUAAUAACAGGAAAAGAAAGAAGACAAUCUUGUCACUCUCAGCUGGUGGAUGCAGUCAGGAAGAUUGGUCUAGACGAAGAAGAUGUUCAUGAUGUUUGGAAUGUUUUCAUGUGCACCGGAUUCACUAGGGAAACUAAUCAAUAUUUUGUGAAACCCACACCAGUAAAGAAGGGUGACUACAUCGAGAUCAUAGCUGAUAUGGAUCUCAUUUGCGCUCUAAGCAGCUGCCCACAAGGAGCUGUGUCAAAGCCAGUGGGGGAAGAUGUGCCUGACGAAGAAUGUUUCCCGAUUGGUGUUGAAGUCUACAGAGAUACAUCCUAAAGCUGAUAUAAUUUGGAAGGAGUAACUUGAAAUUCUCCACCAUAUAACUGCGAAGUGAUCAAAGCAACAAUUUUUCAUAACUUCUUAUUAGUACAGAACUGAUCAAUCAGACCUAUUGUUCGUUGAAGACUUGGUUAUAUUGGGAAUCCAUCAAAAUGAGAAACUGAAAAGCUGCAACAAUUCUGUGGCUAAUGAAUUUUCAAUUAAAACGCACUCUACGUUUCUGCGUUGGAAUUAAAAUUCAGUAGUAUUUUAUGCAUUCUUCAUAAAAUAGCUUCAUGUUCUGAAAAAUUACUCAUCUCGCGUGUGACAAGUGGAAAUCAGUAGAUAAAAUUCUAUCAGCAGACUCUAUUUUCUCUAUUUAAAUUCUAUCAUAAUGUCUUAUCAGCUCAGUUGAUAUUUCUAAUAUUGUUAAUUAUCUUUUAAUUCUUGGAAAUUCCAGUAGAACUGUAGCAUUCAUGAUAAGUACUUCUAUUGAGAAAUGAGAAAUUAUAUUCAUUAAUGCUAUGCGCUUCUAAAAUCAAUUGUCAAGUGCGUUUAUUCCCCAUCAAUAAUUACAAUUUUCAAUACUUCUCAUCGCCAAUUUUCGGGAGCAGCACGCAAAAAGUGCGUUUAUUCCCCAUGAAUAAUUAUAAUUUUCAACACUUCUCAUCGGCAAUUUUCGGGAGCAGCACGCAAACCUCUUCACGCGGAGGACAGUCAAUACAAUCCUAUAAUGAUAAGGCAUCAUAUUAUUGUCUACAUUGGAUAAAUAAUAAUACCAAUUGAUUUAAUUAAAAAGUAUUAAUAAUCGA